GGAGAGGAACAAACAUCUCAAAGAUGAACGUGACAUAUUUUUACAGAAAUGCAAAACAAGUGCUCCAGAAGCCAGCUGGAAGCAAAGAUCAGGGUCUGUCAUUGGGAAAUACAUAGAGGGCAAGAUGCUGCCUAUCAGCUGUUCAGUUGAAGAAGAAGAUGUUUUCAAUAGCUCCAAGAGAAUGAAUUCUGCUGGACUGAAUGGAAUUCUCUCUGGAGAGCCUGAUGCUGGAGCCACUGGAGGAAAGUCUAAAGCAUCGCAUCUCCAAAGAAUAAUAUCGAUCGAGGAAGAUCACCUACCCCAGCUUCUUGACAGGCUGGUUGAUAAACAGCUGAACAGAUGGACUGGAGAAGAUGAGAACAAUUCUUCUGAGAUGGAAAUGGCUAAGAAAAACACAGAAAAAUCAAUGGAACACUCACCGUCGUCUUCCAGAGAGCAGCCUGUAGGGAAGGAAACACUGUCAAAUGAGGAGAGAAUAAACUCUGUCCCGGACCGCUUAUUCAAGAUUAUUUUUGUGGGCAACUCAAGUGUUGGAAAGACUUCAUUCUUAAGGCGAUUUUGUGAAGAUCGUUUUUUCCCAGGCACAGCUGCUACUGUAGGUGUGGAUUACAAUGUGAAAACCAUCACAGUAGAUAACACCCAGGUAGCCCUGCAACUCUGGGACACUGCUGGCCAGGAACGGUACCGAAGUAUUACCAAGCAGUUUUUCAGAAAAGCUGAUGGUGUCAUUGUGAUGUAUGACAUAACAGCCAAAGACACGUUCACAGCUGUCAAGCAGUGGCUGAUAAGCAUCAAGGAGGCAACUGGAGAGAAUGUACCUGUGCUUUUGUUGGGUAAUAAAACUGAUAAUGAAAAGGAACGUGAGGUCCCUAUGGGAAUGGGAGAGCAUCUUGCUAAGGAUUACAAUUUAAUUUUCUAUGAAUGCAGUGCAUAUUCUGGCUACAAUUCCAAAAAAUCUGUACUUCACUUGGCUAGGAUUUUAAAGGAACACGAAGAUCAAGUGAAAGAGAAAACCGUUGAACUUCAGUCUGAUAUGACUAAAAGGUCUUGCUGUAUCAGGCCAUAA